GUCAUCGCCCGGAGGUUCGCGGAACCUCGCCGCUCGAGCCGCAGUUUCCACCCGGCCCUCAGAGCGCGGGGCCCGCUUCCGGCAGGCCCCUUCCGUGCGCCCCGCGGGCCGGCCGUGGGUCUCCAGCCGGGACAUGGGGAAAGUGAGGGGGCUGCGGGCCCGCGUGCACCAGGCUGCGGUGAGGCCCACCGGGCAGGCCGCGUCCAUUCCCGCGCCUCCGGCCCGGGAGGCGGCCCCGCUGCAGGCCUUGUCCGGCGGAGUCGGGGAGAAGGAGUGGGCUUCCGUGAGCGCUGACCUCUUCGCCAGGACCAAGAUCGAGCCCGGCGCCCUGGUGCAGACGCUGGACCUGGACGCGGUGAGCGGCACAUCUGCCGGGAGAGGUGCGCAGGCGAAGGCUGUUUUGCCCAAGAAGGAGAAGCUGAAGCUGCGCCGUGAGAGGUGGCUGCACAAAAUCGAAGCCAUAAAACUGGCCGAGCAGAAGCGCCAGGCGGAGCGGAAGCGGCGGGCCACCGUGGUGGUCGGGGACCUCCAGCCCCUGCGGGAUGCGCUCCCCGAGCUGCUGCAGCUGGAGGCCAGCUCCCGGCGGCCGCACGCCAGAAGGGCAGGCAGCAGGCCCCGGCCGGCCGAGCUGAGCAGGAUGAGCGCGGCUCAGAGGCUGCAGCUGCUCGAGGAAGAAAGGACCCGCUUUCAGGAGCUGCUGGCCAGUCCGGCCUACAGAGCCAGCCCCCUGCUGGCCAUCGGGCAGCAGCUGGCACGGCAGAUGCAGCUGGGUGGCGGUGGGCUGCUCUGACCUGGCCUGGGGUGUGCCGUGCUGGCGAGGGCCACGUCCUCACCAUCGUGCAGGCAGCCCCGCUCUGCGUGUUCACUGGUUUGGAGGUGGGUGGGCCGCGCCCCGAGGCGUCAAUAAACACCCUGCGAACUCAG